CCCACCUCACACGCACACAUCACAGCGCAAGCCAGUUACCCUUGUCUCCACACAACGCUCUCUGCGUUCUCUCGAUCUCUCUCCUCUCUGUCAUUAAAGGCUAGCCACCGCCAUUAUCUAGGGCUUGUUUUUCAAGCCCCUAGAAAACGACACAGCAAACGAAGUCAAAAAAAAAAAAAAAAAUUCCGAAUGAAGCUCAAAUUUCAAGCUUAAAAUUGAAUAUCAAAAAAAAAAAAAAAAAAAAAAAAACGAGCUGAGUUUGAAUAUGGGUUCGAAUUCGGAAUUGGUACGGACUAUUGAGUCCGUGCUGGGAAUUUCGCUGGGCGAGUCGGUAUCGGACUCGGUCGUACUGAUCGUUACGACGUCAUUUGCUGUGAUAAUCGGACUUUUGGUUUUUGUGUGGAAGAGAUCGUCGGAUCGGAGCAGUAGGAGUUCGGUGAAGCCGGUGGAAGUGCCUAAGUUCUCGUCGUUGAACAAGGACGAGGACGAUGAGGUCGAGGUUGAUUCGGGAAAGACUAAGGUCUCUGUUUUCUUUGGAACUCAGACUGGAACUGCUGAGGGCUUCGCUAAGGCUUUAGCUGACGAGAUCAAGGCAAGAUAUGAAAAAGCAGUUGUCAAAGUUAUUGACCUGGAUGAUUAUGCUGCGGAUGAUGAUCAAUAUGAAGAAAAACUGAAGAAAGAGACUUUGGCCUUUUUCAUGGUGGCCACUUAUGGAGAUGGAGAGCCAACUGAUAAUGCUGCAAGAUUUUACAAAUGGUUUACUGAGGGUAAUGAUAGGGGUGCAUGGCUUCAACAACUCAGAUAUGGUGUUUUUGGUUUGGGUAACCGUCAAUAUGAACAUUUCAACAAGAUUGGGAACGUGGUUGAUGAACAACUCAGCGAACAAGGUGCAAAGCGUCUCAUUCCAGUUGGUUUAGGUGAUGACGAUCAAUGUAUUGAGGAUGAUUUUUCUGCUUGGAGGGAACAAUUGUGGCCUGAGUUAGAUCAGCUUCUCCUAGAUGGGGAUGAUGCUAAUACUGUAUCUACUCCAUAUACAGCCGUUAUUCCUGAAUAUAGAGUAGUGAUUCAUGAUCCUAGUAUUACAUCUUAUGAGGAUAAUUACUUAAACAUGGCAAAUGGGACUGCUUCAUUUGAUAUACAGCAUCCUUGCAGAGUUAAUGUUGCUGUUGAAAAAGAGCUUCACACACCUGAAUCGGACCGCUCUUGCAUACAUCUGGAGUUUGAUAUUUCAGGGACUGGUAUUACGUAUGAAACUGGAGACCAUGUGGGUGUUUAUGCUGAGAAUUGUGAUGAAACUGUUGAAGAAGCUGGAAAAUUGUUGGGUCAACCUCUAGACUUGUUAUUCUCUAUUCACACUGACAAUGAUGAUGGCACACCCCUUGGAAGCUCAUUGCCACCUCCUUUCCCUGGUCCUUGCACACUGCGCAAUGCGUUGGCACGUUAUGCUGAUCUCUUAAAUCCUCCUCGGAAGGCUGCUCUGAUUGCUUUGGCUGCUCAUGCUGUUGAACCUAAUGAAGCAGAGAGGCUUAAGUUUUUAUCUUCACCUCAGGGGAAGGAUGACUACUCAAAAUGGGUUGUUGGAAGUCAGAGAAGUCUACUUGAGAUCAUGGCUGAGUUCCCAUCAGCAAAGCCACCCCUUGGUGUAUUUUUUGCAGCAGUAGCACCUCGCUUACCGCCCCGUUACUAUUCAAUCUCAUCCUCUCCUAGAUUUGCACCCAAUAGAGUUCAUGUAACCUGUGCUUUAGUUUAUGGUCCAACUCCCACUGGCAGAAUUCACAAAGGAGUGUGUUCAACCUGGAUGAAGAAUGCAGUUCCUCUGGAGAAGAGCCGUAACUGUAGCUGGGCUCCUAUUUUUAUUAGGCAAUCUAACUUCAAGUUACCAGCUGAUCAUUCAACACCUAUCAUCAUGGUUGGACCUGGUACUGGCUUCGCACCUUUCAGAGGAUUUCUGCAGGAAAGAAUGGCACUUAAAGAGGAGGGCGUACAACUUGGCCCUGCAUUACUCUUCUUUGGAUGUAGAAAUCGUCGGAUGGAUUUUAUUUAUGAGGAUGAGCUAAACAAUUUUGUGGAACAAGGUGUGCUCUCAGAGCUGAUUGUUGCAUUUUCACGGGAGGGUCCACAAAAGGAGUAUGUUCAACAUAAGAUGAUGGACCAAGCUGCACAUUUUUGGAGCCUGGUUUCACAGGGGGGAUAUUUAUAUGUUUGUGGUGAUGCCAAGGGUAUGGCCAGAGAUGUUCAUCGGACUUUGCAUACCAUUGUCCAGGAGCAGGAAAAUGUGGAACCAUCAAAAGCAGAGGCUAUAGUAAAGAAACUCCAGAUGGAUGGACGAUACCUUAGAGAUGUCUGGUGACAGUCCUUUGUUGGUUGUAGUAUCUGCAGCAAAACGCAGCAGUUGAUUCAUUUUUCUUCAAGCUCAAGCCUCUUUGAAUGCCAAGGUCCUGCUCUCCUGGAGUCAUGGCAGCAGGUUGGGACAAGCAUGAUGAAAACUGAAACCUGGUUUCUAUUUAUGGUUUGCAACAUGUUUGUCCCCCUCUUCUUUUCCCCUCCUUUUUUUUCUUCUUCUUUUUCAAAUACAAGGAAAAUUUAUUAUUUUUAGGGAACAGAAUAGUUGCUAAACACAAAGAUGUCCAUGUCCAAAACAGAAUACUCACAGGUUGUUUUGGAUUGUGUUGUAUGAAUAAUUAUAAUAAAGUAGAAUAUGACUGAGUUUUGCUCUUUUUUUAUGGACAUUUAAUUCCUUCA